AUGUCAGCUAAUUAUGUAUUCGCCGACCGCCUCAAUUUGGCCAAAUCCGAUCCAGCUUGGGCGUUCAUCCACCAGUCUAUUGUUCUUUCUGAUUCACUCCAUCUCAGAGAAGCAACCAUUCUUGUACCCACCAUCACAAGUAUCAUGGCUCAAAAUUCUUGCAAAGACACACGAUGA